AUGAUGGAGUACGCGCAAUACCAGCAUAACCCGCAGAAUUCGCAACCACACAUCUCGACAGCCUACCCAAGCUCGACAGGUGCUAAUAGCAUCACAUCGCCCCAGGCACAGCACAUUCAGCAGUCGCCCGUCCUUCCGUCUCAGCAACAGACGACACCCACCCAGAGUCACGCCAUGUAUCAGCCGCAAUAUGGCAUGCCCCAACAUGCGGGCAUGCAAUAUGGUGUUCCCGGCAUCCAGGCCGCUGCCAUGGCCGCAACGGCUGCCGCGUCGGGAUCAGCCUACCCGUACCCGAUGUCAUCCGACGCAAACCUCCAAACAUCACCUAGGAUGGGUAGCAUGAAGACCAAAACCGAGCCAGGCCGUGAUCCACGAUCGCCCCAGCAGAUGAACAGCAUGCCCCAGCGGAGGAUGAGCCAAGUCACGAGUCCUGGCGUGCCUAACCCUCAAGCUAUCAUGAAUCAUGCUGCAGGCCGCCCCUCAGUCGCCCCUCCGAUGCCAUCUGCUCAGGCAAUGCAGCACCCGCAGUCGCCUGAGAUGCCGCAGGGCCAGGAGGAGUCACCUCUGUAUGUCAACGCAAAGCAGUUCCAUAGAAUUCUGAAGCGCAGGGUGGCGAGACAGAGGCUCGAGGAGGCGCUGCGGCUCACCAGCAAAGGUCGGAAGCCUUAUCUGCACGAGUCUCGACACAACCACGCUAUGCGCCGUCCCCGAGGGCCGGGUGGUCGUUUCCUCACGGCAGACGAGGUCGCAGAAAUAGAGAGGAAGAAGGGGGAUGUUGGCGGUGAAAACAACGAAAAUGACGGCGAUGCGGGAUCAAGUUUGGGAUCGAAGAGAAAAUCGGUGGGUGGCGCGGAUACCCCUAACAAAAGGAGCAAGACGGACACGGAGAGUCCAGACGAAAACGACGAGGACGAUGACGAGGAGUGA